AUGUCGGACUCUCUUCAUACUGCCCUCGAAGAUGAUGAACCAAUCAACCUUCCAGACAACCCCAAGUUCAAAGUGAUGGACUCUGCUGAACGUAGUUCCUCAACCCAGAUUGUCAGGAUCGUUUUCAGUUCAUCUUCCAACGUGAGGAAGAUCUACUCACGGUUCUCAAAUACCAGCCAUGGUCACACUGCUCUUGGAACGUUGGACUCCAGAUCCCCUCCCCCCAAAGCAAUAUGCAAGGUGGAGGAGAUUGCGUAUGAUCCUAAAUCUUCCCACAAAACAGAGUAUGUUCGUUCUCUCAUCACCUUUGAUAUUGCGAACCCUGCAAGGAACACGAAGACUCUGAAUAUUAAAGGAGAACGACCGGUGGAAAUUGAAUACGAGUAUGAGAAGAUCCACAAGAAAUGUUUCUACUGCCUCCGGCUUACACAAGAAAAAUCAUCUUGUCCUCUGCUUCGUAAACCCCAGUCCUUCUUGAAACUUUUGCAGCAACCGACCAAUGCGGUAGAGCGCUCUAGCCUUGAGGUAGCUGCACUGACGCAGCCGAUUCAGGCCCUUGAGGGGCCACCUGGGUUCCCUCCAAUGUUUCCUCACCUCUCACGUCAGGAUCAACGGAUGGCUCUCCAAUACGUUUCUCAUGCUGAUGAAACGGAAAGGAGAGCUAGAAUUUGCCGGGUCCAACAAUCCAUGGAGGAAACCGUUGGAGACUCCUCUACACAUCUCACAAAAAUAACACAUGAUCUGAACAAAGGCAAGGGCCAUGUUUUUCAAUAUCCAGAGGAUACUACCUAUUGCCUUUUGGGUGAAGCAUUCAUCACCUCUGAUCAUGCAUAUAAAGGCCACCGUGAAGUUGGUGAAGAAGUAUCCUCCACACAGAGUUUAAACUCCUGGCAUCCAAAGGAAUCGACGGUCUUUCAACCAGGUCUUCUUGUAAGAUUCUUGUAUCCGGCAUUCCUAAGGCUGCUAGAGGAGGUCGACGCAGACCGCCUUCAUGGAAACGUAAAUCCAGGCCUCUUGUGCAAGGAUCUGAAGCUCCACAGCCUCUACUGA